AGGAGUGUACGCCCGCUCUGGGUGCCGGUGCUGGUCUUCUACGACCACUGCAACUAAUGUGUCACGCGUUUUGUGGCAGCAGCGGCGGCUAGCAGGAGUAAUCCUCCUGCCGGCAUGCAUGUGAGCCGAGCCGUGCAACCAACUGCGUGCCACCUCUGGUCUGGCUGGCUGUCUUCCUUUCUAUAAAGAUCCCACACGCACGAAUCAUGAGCUAGCCACAGUUACAACUUACAAGUGAGAGGAGAUCGUUCGGAGAAGAAGAAGCUCGCCGUGAGGAGAGAGGUCUUAGAGUGUGUAGAGUGACAAAGAGAGAGAGAGGGAUGGACUGGUACGCGUGGCUGUCGAAGGCGGGGCUGACGCCGGCGGCGACGUACCAGUACGGGCUGCUCUUCAGCGAGAACGAGCUGGAGCCCGGGGACGCGCCGGACUUCGACCACGACCUGCUCAAGAGCAUGGGCAUCGCCGUCGCCAAGCACCGCCUCGAGAUCCUCAAGCUCGCCAGGAAGGACGCCGCCGCCGCCGCCGCGUCCCAGUCCUCCUCCUCCGCGGCCGCCCGGCUCGCGCGCAGGGCCGGCAGGUGCAUCGCCCGGUGCGCGCGCCGGCUGGGCGGUGGCGCCGGCGAUCCCGGAGGGAGGCGGUACUCCUCGUCCUCCGUCACCGUGGUGCCGAGGAUCUGCAACGGCGCGGCGGGGGACGUGGUAGUCCGCGCCGGCGCCGUGCGGCGGAGGAGCAGCGUCAAGAAGAUGGUGCUCAUGAUCACCGACGGCGGCGUCGCCAGCGGCGUUGGCGGCGUCCGGUUCUCGGGCUCGCAGAAGGCCAGCCUCAUGUUCCAGGACUGCGCGUACGAGGACGAGGAGGACGACGGCGCCGGCGAGGAGGACGAGGAGCGGUGCUCCGACGGCGGCACCGCCGGAGGCCAGAGCGAGAUCAAGUGGGACUCCAUGUUCCAGGACCUCAAGCCGACGUGAGCUGCGUGCGCGACGACUGACGACGCCGAGCAUGUCAUUUCCUCUUACUCCCUCGGUCCCUUCUCAUGAUCGAGAUUACUGUUUUCUUUUCUUGGUGUGCUAGCGAGAGUGUGGCCUCUGGCUUUGUCUUCUGUAAACUGUAAAAUGACUGCGUUUGGAGUGAUGAGUGAAGAUCAAGAACGAUUGAUCUGCGCACCA